CCAACAAUUACUCAUGAUCUGUAACCGUUAUUCUUUUGUUUUAUUGAAUCGUUAUUGUUGAAGAAGUGUCACACUGACAGUAAUUCGAUCAGAGAUUUCGAUGUUAUGAGAAAGUCUUAUUAGAUUUGGAUUCUUUAAUGUUUUACUUAUUUUAGUUUUAUAUAUGUAAUAAUAUUUUUGUAUAAAAAAAUUUAUUUAUAUAAAUAGUUAACGAAUUAAACAUUAAAAUAAAUUAUAUUUUAAUUAGUAGAGCUUUUAGGUACAAAUAACCUAUAAGCCACCUCAAUCACAUCAGCGUAUGAAAUUUUACAUACAUACUAAAUCCACAAAUUUUAAUCAACAUGGUUUAUUUUAGAAAGUUAACUAAGAAGUACAGAUUUUUUAAAAAGAAAUCUAUACGAAAAACUCUACUGCAGGGAUCUUUUACACCUCUUGAUAUAGUGAGAUUAUCAAAAAAUAGUUUUCAUGCAAAUGAACGUGACGCUGUUAAAUAUAAAAAAUCUAAAUUGACAACCCAGGAAGAUACAACAAAUAAUACUAUUAUUGAAACAGAUUCUAAGCCUAAAGAUGCAGAGUUCCCUAAAGAAGAAAACCAUGUAAAUUCAGAUAGUAAAACUAUUUCAUCAACACUUAACCAAGAAUUGCAGCGGUCAAAAACUAUUAUCAAGGAAAAAACUGAUUCUAAUAUUUCCAAAUUAGGACUAACAAGAUCAAGCAAUAAUGAGUCAUCAGAAAAAAAUAUAAAUAUUUAUUGUAUAAACACAAUCCAUUCAAAUUAAUUAAAAAAAUGUUUAAGUUAAAAUGAACGCAGAGAAAAGUUAAACUUAUGCAUAAGAAAAAGUUUAUUUAUUAAUAAAAAUUUUGAAAAAGUUAAUAAUUAUAAUGAGAAUGCGUGAACAUAUUCCAGAAGAUUUUAAAAUUAAAAUUAAACUGUACUAGUAUAAAAUAUUUUAAAUACCAAACAAGCAAAAAAAAUAAAGUAAUGUAUUAUGUCUUGUUUUAACAAAUUAUUUUUACAAGUUUCUUAAAUAAAUCAACGUAAAACUUCUUUUUCGAAAUUUAAAUAUAAAUAAGAAAUAAAAAAAAGAACACUUUGCUCAGGUAUUUUGAUCACAAAAAGUGUAAGUACAUAUAAUUUAUUAUUCUUGACUAAUAAAACUUCUGUGCUCUAGAAUAAUCAGUAGGACUUAAACAAUCCGAAGACCUUGUUUAUGAAUCAUUAAAAUAAUAAAUUCUUGAAGUUUGAUUUAGAAAAUCGAAAAUGUUUUGUCCAAUAUUUAACUUGUGGCCUCUCCAGCAAAUCUAUUUGAUGUUUUUCACUGUUUAAAAAUGUUGUUUAAGCCAAAUAAAAAAGUAAGGUACAUCGUUUUCUUACAUGCAUAAAAAUAAACUACUUAAAAAAAUAGUACAAACUCUAUUUUACUAAAAUAAAAAUUUUAUAAUUCAUGGCAACUUAUUAGUGUAAAAAAUAUGAAACUGAUAACGAAUGAUCAACGAUAUGCAAAUUAGCUACAAUUCUUAGUAGAACGCGAGACUAGGAUUGGCGACGCAACAAUAUAAGUGCAUCUUGAACGAAAAUCUUAAGAAGACCAACUAAGUCUUGUUUA